GGACAGCUCCUGUGGGCGCCCUGCUCACUGAAAACCGACCCACGGGUCUCGCCCAACGACGUAAUUUGGCGGGGCAUGCCGCGAAAACGUAAAUCCACCUAGAAUUAAUGCCGAGAUGGGCUGCCACCGCCGCCGCCGCCGUUCAGCCAGCAGGUUGACACCACCACCGCUACUACGUACCGGUCGAUUACUUGUGAUUCUUGCUCUGAAUCACUUUCCCAUACCUUGUCACUACAUACCCUCGACACCGCGCGACAUUUGUUUUUUCUCUCGCAGAAGACUGGACUUUCCUCCCUUGCACCUACAACACCAACCUAUUUUUACGCUUUCCCGCUAGUAGAUUUCAUUCACCUGAUACCCUUCAAAGACCUUCGCGACCAUGGUUGUCGAUACGGCAUACUACGACAUCCUGGGCGUCCAGCCCACCGCCACAGACAUCGAGAUCAAAAAGGCCUACCGAAAGCUGGCCAUCGUCCACCACCCGGACAAGAACCCCAACGACUCCUCGGCCCACGAAAAGUUCCAGGAGAUUGGUGAAGCCUACCAGGUCCUGUCCGACAAGGACCUCCGCGCCGCCUACGACAAGUAUGGAAAGGAUAGCGCCAAGCCCUCCGAGGGCUUCGCCGACCCCGCCGAGUUCUUCACAUCCAUCUUCGGCGGCGACGCCUUUGUCGACUGGAUCGGUGAGAUCAGCUUGAUGAAGGAUCUGACGGCUACCAUGGACAUCACCAUGCAGGAGGGCGAGGAAGGCGCCGAGGGUGAGGAAGCUGCCGACGGCGAGUCCCCCACUACCGAGGACGCCAAGAAGGAGGGCGCCAAGGCUGCAUCCGGCGCAGAGAAGACGGACGCAACCACCAGCACCCCUCCGCCGGCCGUUGUCGUCGAGGACGAGAAGGAAGCCUCCAAGGCGCAGGAUACCACGCCCGCUGUCGCCGACGCCGCCCCCGCUGCCGCUGGCACGACCCACGUGCCCACUCCCCCCGUCGCCGGAGCGAGGACACCGUCGCCGAGCCCCUCAGGCACUUCGAAGCGCCAUCAGAUCCCUCUCCGUCCUGCCCUCAUGGACAAGCCCUCGGACGAACUCGGGGCGAACGCUGAGUCGGAGGAGUCGCUCCGCAAGAAGGAGAAGAAGAAGGGCAACCUCACAAAGGAGCAGCGCGAACAGCUCGCCGCUUACGACAAGGAGCGUGCCCGUGUGCGACAGGAGCGCGUCGACACCCUCGCCCGCAAGCUCCUCGACAGGAUAAGCGUGUGGACCGAGACGGACAAGGGCGCCGACGUCACCAAGGCCUUCCAGGAAAAGACUCGUCUCGAGGUGGAGAAUAUGAAGAUGGAGUCUUUCGGCCUCGACAUUCUGCACGCCAUCGGCCAGACCUACCUCGCCAAGGCCACGGCCCUUUUGCGGAGCCAAAAGUUCCUCGGCAUCGGCGGCUUCUUCAGCCGCGUCAAGGACAAGGGCACCAUCGUCAAGGAGACGUGGAACACCAUCAGCUCCGCCAUUGACGCGCAGCAGACCAUUGAGGAGAUGGCGCGCAUGGAGGAGAAGGGCGGCGAGGAGUGGUCCGAGGAGCGCAAGGCCGAGUACGAGCGCCGCGUCACGGGCAAGAUCCUUACGGCCGCGUGGCGCGGCUCCAAGUUCGAGAUCCAGAGUGUGCUGCGCGAGGUGUGCGACUCGGUUCUCAACGACAAGAAGGUACCCCUGGCCAAGAGGCUUGAGCGCGCCGAGGCCCUGGUUAUCAUUGGCGAAAUCUUCUCCAAGGCCCAACGAUCCCCCGAGGAGGAGGGAGACUACCUCGUCUUCGAACAGCUCGUCGCCGAGGCGGCCAUCAAGAAGGACAAGGAGUCUAAGAAGAAGGGCAAGAAGACCCCGUCCGCCGAGGUGGCCGAGGACGCCCCCAACGUCCCCAAGCCCGAGAAGUCUUAGAGCGGUGCACCGAGAUGGCGACGGACGGAUGGGUCAUGAAAAAUAGGGAAGGGGUGGGAGGGUUGUUGCGCACGAACGAGAUACCACACUCCGUUUCUGGACUUGAUGUCUCCCCUGGGUUGAGGGGGCGAGCCUGGCCGUUUACGACAAUACUUUCUAGUCGAAACUUGAAGAGCGAUAGACGGACUUUUUUGUCUUUUUUUUUUAAUUUCGUCCAUUUUUGGCGACGAGGCGGGCUCGACAGUUGUUUGUUGGAGAUGGGCUCAUCCGCAGUCUCACCUCGGCAUUUGGUGGUUCUCUUUUAUCUUUGGUGGCUGUUUACCACCAGCAAAUACAAAGUAUUUAUUUCA